CGCAUUGAUUUGACGUUGCUCUCACUUGGAUUUAGUUUACAUUUUUGUGUUUAUUCUAAAAAAAUACGAAUAACUCAUAUAAACAAAACUGUAAACAAGCAAAAAUGACUGUCUGUGACUAGUGUUGCAAUUGAACUUUUUACUUUUGAGUUAUAUAUCAAUGAAAUAUGGUGAAGAUGGAUGCAUCCAAAAUGACGAGUAAAACCAGCUCGUUGAAGGCUUUGAUUCUCAAAGCUUGGAGGGAACGGUGGACUGACAUUCAAUGGGGCAUUAACAUCAAGACUAUUCUUCCCCGAGGGGUGAGCGGCGACUUGUAUAACCUAGCAGACUGUAUACUCCAACAAGCAAUGGUUGGCUGUGGAGCCAACCAGUUAGUAAUCUCUUACCUGAAGCAUUCGUUGGCGUCGCAUUUAGUGUCGUACGCCGCAGUCCUGCAAAGAAUAUCAAAGUUCGACGCUUUCCACAAACCACAUUGCAUUAUAAGUCUGCUUGAGUUCUUAGAAUACUUCCUCGAUGGAAUUACUUGUCGCGGGAAAAUGGAAGAAGAAAUGUUAUCGUUUGCGGUUUCGUCGAUAAUAUUAUGGCUGCUACAAGUAUAUCACUACUCCUUAAGCAAAUAUCCAUCAUCAAACCCUAUUCAAAGUCAAGAGCUGCUUGAAAAGUCUACAUCACUCCUCAAUUCUAUAGUGAACACAGACUUUUUGCUAGCCAUGUUUUAUUUAGCAAAACAGAAUGAUCCCAAUGAAUACAAUGAAGUAACAAAGAAAUGUCAAGAGAUCACAGCAUUUAUGAUGAUGAAUACUCAGUUCAAAGCGCCUGUUACAAUUCAUGAAACAUUACAGAAGAUUUGUAAUUUGGAAAUAGAUAAAAUAGCACCAUUGAAUAAUAAACCAGAGCCUGUAACUCAUUGUUUGCAAGCACUAAUAGCCAUUGAUGUCUUAUCAAACCCCAGUGCCGAUACACAACAGCUAUCCAACCAGCUUCUCAUGGUACAGAGGAUCAAAGGGUACCCACUAUCAAGAUUGUAUUGUGAAUUAAUCAGAGCAUGUUUUAUUUCACUCAACGAUUCAAGCAAAGAUGCUACAAAACAGUCAUUAUGGGCUGCAUUUACUUUCUUGAAGAUCCCGCAAGUUUUGCACUACUUGCACAAUACUUGCGGUACUACCAAUAAGGACAGUGAAUACUCUAUUGAGUUAGCAGAAGCCUUUGAAAAGUUGUUGCAGUCUACUCCACUUCUGGAUGUGGUUGAUACAAAGAACUCAUGUAACAGUGUUAUUUCUUUAUUAGAACCAUUGGUGAAAUUGAAUGUAAUAUCAGAAAAUCAUUUAGCAUAUUUCAAGCAGAAGCGUGAACAUAAAGAUGUCAAGUUACAGAAGUUAGAGCCAACAGGCUUACAAGGCUCUGUGCCUUCAUUCAUCACUAAAGCUGAACCAACAUUGGCUGGUAUCCUUAAAACUAUGGGAGGUGAUUUCCAUAAAACACAAGAUUCACUCUAUGCAAUGCUGUGUCAAAUUGUUGGCGGGACCACUUUAGAUACAAUAUUGGCUGUGGCAACGGUGGAGGGAAAACUGAAGCUAUUUGUGUCAAGAUUGAGUAAGUUCAAUGAAUUUGCUUUACUUGCUGCCAGUGAGAAGGGUGCCCCUCAAUCCAAGGUCUACAUCUUCGAUAUUUCAUUUCUGAUUCUCUAUUCAAUUGUACAAGAUUAUGGAGCAGAUGCUGUCCUCGAAGAAAAUGGGGACACGUUUUUCGAAAAAUGGGUCAAAGAAUGCAUGGUUUAUCAUGGAGUACAUAAAUCUCCUGAUCAGAUACUACAGAAAUGUGACUCCCAACUUGUAGAUAUAUUUAUUCACCACUUAAGCGCUCCAGAAUUUGACUUUAAAAACACCAAUAUCAAGCCCCAUGAUCUAUGUAUGAAUGUCAGUGGGGUUGUAAAAGAGAUCUUAUUUGCUUGGGAACAAGGAUCACUUUCAGCUGCCGAGGUUAAAUGUAUGUUGGAUUCUUUGAGGCAAAAAAUGGCAUCUUUAGCAGUGUGUGCUUCAGUGUGGUUGUGUUCUUACAUAAAUGUAGUCCAUCAAGAUGCAUUUUUCAAGCCCAUUAACAUGGUUCAGCAAUUUUUAGUGCCUCCGAGUGAGGUGGAAUUAUCGCAAAUUGAUAAUUUUAAGGAGAGAACUGUUUUGAUGUGUCAAAUUAUUAGAAAGAUGCAGUACGAUAUUCAUCCUCCCUCAGUACCAAAAUCGAAAUCUUUAGCUUUGACACACAAUAUAAUAUCACGGCAGCCUAUUCUUGAGCAGUUGCAAAGUGUUUGGGCAGAUAUCAAGUCUCGCGGAUAUCUCCAUAUUGAUGCUACUCAUAUAAUAGAAAGCCUAUUGAAUACGACGGGACCUAUUUGGUUCGUCACAAACUUGGUGAAAGAAACACUUAAAUUCCGUUAUCAGGAGGACUUGGAUAGGUCAGUUGAUAUUGUCCUCGCUAUGUUUCAUUUAGACAUCGAAAAAUGUACAGAGGCUCUUCUACUGCAUGUCUUACCUCAAUAUUUGUAUAACGCUAAAUUGUGCGAGGAUUUAGUAGAGCCUCAAUCUGCUAUGUUGGCUAAACUAGCAGUGUAUUGCGUUUACGCUGCUCUUGAACACAGCAACUUAAAUAAUAAGACGACUUCAAGAAAACGUCGUCACGAUGACUCUGAAGACUUAGAAGGCAUGGUUACAUCGAGCAAAGUACGCAGGUUGAAUGAUAACUCCUCUGAUAGUAACAUGUACUAUUCGCAAGGGCGUAGUAUUUCUGGGAUCACCCUGAAAGAGCCUUUACAGUCUUCGCUAGAAUCACUGUUUACGUCAUUCUCCCAAUUGGCGGGAAAGAACGGCGACGUUACCCCCCAAACUGAUUUUAUCCUUCAGUUCAUUACGUACGUAGUACAAUGUGGGCAGGAUAGGGCGCAGUUGGUGUUGCAAAAGAUGCCAAGUGAGCUUGUACCGACACUUAUAAAAUGCCUGCCAGACAGUUUUAAUAUUAGUCUUAUCCUCAGAUUGUAUGAUUUGUCUACUCCUUAUGGUAGAAAGGAUACUGCUAGAGAUCUAUGUCUGAUGAGAAAUAUGCGUCUAAGACCAGACUAAUUGUUCGUUGUAAGAUUAAAUGAAUUUGUAUUGUGCUUUUUGAUUUAUAAGUGUAGAUUCUAUAAUAAAAUUAUUAUGUGAAAUAAUG